CCGACAGCUCCUCGCCAAGGUCUGCUAUAGCUGGCCACGGUCUGGAUAUGUGUACGAUCUUUUGUGGAGAGGCUAAAAUGGAGCGGCCCUGCGAGAAUGUAUAAAAGAUUCCCUCAGAUUUUCAGUGUGAAUCAUCACUCUUAUACAUCCCUGACCAUGCAACUUUCUGUGCUCCUAAGCGCGCUUAUAUCUUUCGUCAUUCUUGCUACAGCGUCACCCACGCCUGGAGCCAUCUCGAAACGUUCCUUCGAGCGAAACACGCUUGACACAUACUUUCGAGGUGAUCUCCUAGUAGGGAGCAAGAAGCGCAAGGAACUUGCGACACACCUCGCUUACUCCGACGACGACGUCCCAAGCACUGGAGGCAAGGAGUGCGAUGAACUCGAGUCGCGUAUCGCUUACGACAACUAGGGCAAUGAACAGCCUAACAUAUAUAAACCUGAUUGAUAUGGCUAUACAUUCGAUGCGACAAGAAGUAAGGAUAUCUACAAAAC